AGACUUGAUUCACACACGCUGCCUAUAAGUCAAUCAUAUCCAUCUCGCAAGUAACUUGCAUAAUGCCGAAUCCUCAUGCUAUAAAGCGAGCGCGUACGAGCAUCGUCGAUGACGCGGUCACUCGCUCAUUCAAGACCGAUGACCUUCCCCCUCCUCGCCGCAAAUCUUUGACUGCACCAGCGAUCCCCGACAUUGAGCAGUAUAUUCAAAGCUUUGUUGACAAAUGCAGAGAAUCUCACCCAAAGCUUCACGCUCAGAUCAAGAACACGAUCCGGAAGCUCGACCACGUCACCUCGUUCCAGGGCUACAACGAAAUCAUCGUGUACCUUCUCAAAAGCAUUCAUCCUCCCAUGGACGAGUUUGAAAAGACCAGACUCUCUUCUCGCGUGAAGAACUACAUUCUCGCGGUGCUGGAAAGGAUCGUCGCGCAGUGUGGCCCAUUCGCCAAGUCUGAAACGCGCUAUAAUGGUCUACCGACUCUACUACAGAUUGCACGGAGCUUCAUAGAUUUCGGGUUCAGUGCCGACCGUAUCUGGACGGGGACCCGUUUCUUCGAUGGAGUGCUCGAUGGCCUCUCAAGAUCAUUGCUAUCAACUAUUGAGGGGUUGAGCUUCUAUGAUCGAGAGAAGAUAUAUCGUGGCCUCGAUUCGGGCAGGCUGUAUACACAACUGAAGAGGCUAUGCAGCGAUUGUGGGCCGCGUUCAAUGAGCGCUUUUGUUGUGUUUCAUCAGGCUCGACAUGAGCUUACACGUGGCAUCGGGAAGCGGGACAUUUCCGAGGAUUUUGGUCCGUAUGAUCGCAAACGUAUCGAGUCUUCUCGUCGGAUCGACACCGACGAGUACGGCAACUUCUUUCCUCAGUAUUCCGAAGUGGAAAAGAUCCAGAAUAUAGUGACAGGAAGCGGAAAAGUUCUGGGCAAGACGAUCUGAACAAUAGCUACCUGGCGAGAUUCCUUAGGAUUUGACAGUGACGACAAAGGCGGCAGCUGCCUUGAAGAUUAUUCCGACGG